AAAAACACAUUUCGUGUGCGCUGUUAGCGACGACUUAUCCGUUCAUCCGUCCACUGGCUGUUCACCCGCAGACAAAGAUGGUUUCUCCGGUCACUGUGGUCAAGAGCGAGGGUCCAAAGCUUGUUCCAUUCUUCAAAGCCACUUGCGUCUACUUUGUUCUGUGGCUACCCACCUCAAGCCCCUCCUGGUUCAGUGCCCUCAUCAAAUGUCUGCCCAUCUUCUGUCUUUGGGUUUUUCUGCUUGCCCAUGGCAUCAGCUUUUUAGGUGCCCACUCCAGUGCCAGGAAAAUCCUGGCAGGACUUAUUUUUUCAGCUUUGGGUGACGCAUUUCUCAUCUGGCAAGAACAAGGCUACUUUAGUCAUGGACUGCUUAUGUUCGCCAUCUCCCACAUUCUCUACUCUUCGGCCUUUGGAAUGAAGCCCCUCAACUUGAGAGCAGGUCUGGUCAUUGCUGUCAUCUCAGGCUUCAGCUACACCCUACUGUACCCCUACCUCUCUGGUCCCUUCACCUACCUGGUGGCUGUUUACAUUGCUCUCAUUGCCUUCAUGGGCUGGAGGGCCAUCGCUGGAGUCCAGCUCGCUAAUGACCUCUGGACCUGGACUAAACUGAUUUCUUAA